GUCAAAUGGGAGAACCGGUAUUCACUGACAACUAGUGCCCAGCAGUCACACAACUGCUGUCUCGAUUGUACUGGCGGAAGUUUUCGGAGGAACACUUGCCGUUGAUGGUUGGCUUUAGAUAUUGGUGGCGCACAUUUAUCUGAACAAGUGAUCACAUGCUUAUCACAUGGCAUAGUUGUCACAGGUGAGCAUGAUUUUCUACCGACCGUCAAUUAAGAUCUGGUUGCGGUGUGUCCCUCUCGGAGCCUUGUAGAUGUCUCUCUGACUGCGUUAAAUCUGGGAUGUUUAUCAUCCGUCACCUGCUACCGAAUUGGUGUCAAAGUCUUAAAGUCAAUGAUUGACUGAGUGCUGCCCACAUGCAUGCGAUGAGCUCCUCUACAGACAGAGUGCAAUACCUUCUGAAUCUCUGUGUGUCUGUACUCUGUCAAACUGCUGCUGCUGCUGUUGUCACAGCCACCCUUGUGCAAGGCACAGUCAAGUGGUUCAAUGUCCGAAAUGGCUACGGCUUCAUCAACAGGAACGAUACCAAAGAGGACGUGUUUGUUCACCAGACUGCCAUCAAGAAGAACAACCCCAGAAAGUUUCUUCGCAGUGUUGGAGAUGGGGAGGUGGUAGAAUUCGAUGUGAUCGAAGCAGCCAAGGGCUCUGAGGCGGCAAACGUCACUGGUCCUGGUGGUGUGCCUGUGAAAGGUAGUCGCUAUGCUCCGAACAAACGCCUCUUUCGCAGACGACUCUUUCCACGCAGCCCUCAGCUUCCCAACCAGGGUGAGGAAAGUGGGGAGAAUGGUGAAGCGAGACCCCCGCCGAACCGCCGCAGGCCUCGCAGACCAAGGCAGGAGGUGCAAGAUGGAGAAGCUGGUGAGCAGAACAACAAAACGGAAGGGGACCAGUCGCAGCGACCACCUCGCCGUCGAUUCUGGAGGCCCUAUCGGAGGCAGUAUCGGCCUCGCCCUGCACCUGACGAGCCAGUAGAUGGCGACCACGUAGCGGCUACACAGGAUUCUAAAGAGCAGCCAGAGUCCAACGGAGAAGCGAACCAAGAUCAGAAACAACCUCGUCCAGUGAGACGACGCAGGCAAAGAAACUCAGAAACAUCAGUCACUAAAAAUGACAAUGAGAAGCCAGCCUCAGAGCCUGCGGCCUCCCCUCAGCCCUCAAAACCUGCAGAUGCUAAAGCUGCUACAAAAUCACAGAGGUCUUCGCCGAAAUCCUCGCCCAAAGCAUCCAAAUCACAAGAGGAGGUUAGGUGCAAGGGUUGGAGGACUGGACUCUCAGAACACGUGCACUUCUCUCCCCUCCCUGCACUCCCCCAUCCUCCAGCCCACUCUGUCUCCCCUGUCGUCUCCUCAAGAGUGAACGUAGUGCAGGGAAGAUGGAAGGUUGUGGAUGUGCGUUUAGAAAUGAAAAGCCAAAAUGGGAAAGGAUUGCUUUUGCUUGGUGGCCCAGUUCUUUCAACCCCCUUUCAAAGUACAUUUUCUUUGUCAAAAUUGGCAAUGUCAAGUAGUUGCUAGAGAAACUAUCCUUGAUUUUUAUUUAAUUUUAGAUUUAUUUAAUGUGGGGAAACCAAGCAGGUGAGGUUGGUGGUGCCUUUUGGGGGUUUGUUUAGUUUACCACCAGUUUAAAUCUCCUACUCCCAUUUUCUCAGUUGUAGACAAAUGUUUUGUUCAUCUUGUUUUUUCUGUUUGGAGGGGGUUAUGUGCAAUGUCAAUACUUAAACAUUGUAAUAAAUAUCUGCAACCUCA